ACGGUUUCCCUUGCAUCCGAAAGCACACAGCAAUCCCUCGGAUAAUCACAUCGCUGUCUCACAAAACAAAAACCGAGAGACUCGAAACGCAACCAAACCAAAAGUAAACAUACACCUUCAACAGCAAAGCACCAAUCAUCAUGUCCUGCGAAGUUCCAUCUGAUAUUCCCUCCAUGUUUGCCUGGGCUUACAAAAAGAAGGCCAGCACCAAAGCUGCCACCGACAAACCAGCCCCUGCGCCCAUUCCUCCUAAACCUACCGAAGCAGAGGAAUAUGAGUACAUCACCGAAGAGGAAGAAUUGAUCGAAGACGAAGAAAGCAUUGAAGAGGAAGAAGUGAUCGAAGACGAAGAGACAGUGAUCGAAGAAGUAGUCCAUGAGGAGCUUGGCGAAGCGGAAGCUGACACUGCGCGAAUCCUCGCUCCCGUUCUGUACGAUGAUGAAACCGAAGAAGAGACUACACCAGAUGUCGAAGAGCAAGUUGCCCUUAGGUUGGCCGAGCGCCGCAGAGCCUUGGAUGCCAAGCUGGCUCGUAGGGAGGAACGCCGCAAGGCACUGGAGGAAAAGUUGUCCUCCAACAAGGCCGUCAAGUUGGGCCGUGAGCUCUUGGAGUCUCACAAUUUUCUGAGUGCCGAGCAGCGAGAGCGACAAGAGGCGAUCCGAAAGAGGCAAGCCGAAAGCAAGAAGCGCAUGGAUGAGCACAAGAAGGCAUGCGCCAAGGUGAUUGGUCACAUGCAGGAUCGCAUUGACCUACAAAAUGCAUACGCGGAGAAGAAGGCACAGGAAUACGCUGAACGAGAGGCGUUCUACCAAGCCGAAAAGGAGCGGCUCAAGGCCGAAAAGGCCGCCAAGAAGAUUGAAGAUAAGCAAAAGUGGGAACUGUACGAGCAGCGAAGGAACGGCAGGGCAACGACCAAGCAAGUGAGGCGUGCCUAAACGAGGUCUUUGGUGCUGUGCCUGAAGAUGGAUGUACAGUACAUUCAGAGGACGAAUCGAAUGAUCGGAGCGAUGUAGGGCUCAAGCGAGCGCAAGACUUGAAUAAGUAGAAGUAGUAACGAAUUGUAUAAUGAGAACCUCAAUCGAAAGUUUUGUCACAAGAAAUGCUCGUGGCCUGUAGAUAUGGUACUGU